AUGGCACAACUUCUGCAGCCUUUCUCCUUCGGAACUAGCGAAAGCAUCGAAGAUGCUUUUAUAGCGCCACCAGAUAACAUUCAGGAAAGCAGAGAUGCAAUGGAGGAGGUCGAGCGGCGGCUGCUCUAUGAUGACUUUCAGCGGUGUGGAAUCUUACCGGAGUCCUUAUUGAACCUUUCAGAGCUUCUGAUGCGCCUUCGAAGUUCAAGUCGGCAGUAUGACGAAGAAAUGGUGCAGCGCAUUUAUGCGGCGCUUUCUUCGUACAAGGGCUCACGCGAUGCCUACACUACGGGGCGUGUCUUCAUUGAGGCCUACAUGAAACGGAGGCGGGAGCUAGUUGCUGUCUUGGAGUCUGCGCGCGGAGAGCUGGACAGUGCAGAGAUGAUGCUGCAGCAGGCAGAAACUCAUCUCGCGAAUCUUGCAGUAGAUCCGAACGCUGCACUCGCAGAAGACAGCAAACUGACGGCACAAAUCGCUUCACUCCACAACUUAAACCAGGGCUCCCCUUCGGCGUCUGACGGGGACGUGUUCAAAGUGCACUUGGAAUGUCAGCAACAAGUCAUCGAGACAGCGCCUGCUCGAGUGGAGGGCGGCAGCUGUUACUUUAACGAAGUGUUUUCUUUCGAGAUCGCUGUCAGGGAAGGCGACCUCCGAAUCUGUUUGGUUAAGGUAGAUCCAGCGUCUGGAGCGGAGGAGCUCGUUGGCGACUGCUCAGUGCUGCUAGAAGACUUAGCGGAUCAGAAAAAACGAGAAAUCGUGAAAGAUAUAUGGGGCCAUGCGGGAGAAAUCAUUCUCUCCUGCCAGUGGAUUUUCUCAAAGCGCACGCUGUACGAACAGUAUCUUCAGGAGUUCACACUGCGGAGAGAGGCGAAAAUUCGGGAGCUGUCAGACUAUCAAGAAGAACUGGACAAGCUGAAUAGGCCCUUUUGCACAGUUGAGGCAGGGCGAGGUGGCAUCUGCGGCUGGAUAUUUCUGCUUCCAGAAAUUCUCUCGAGGCAGUUAGACGAUCUGAAGACUUAUCUGAAGCUGCCUGGGUGGCUCCUGACGAGCCAGUAUGCGGUAGCUUUGACAUUUCUCCUUUCGAGCAUCGCGGGAUUUUCGCGUUCGGUCUUUUUAGACCAGGCAAUUGUUGCUUUCCUCUUUUGGAAUAACCUUGAUCCUCAGCGAUGGACGCUUGGGCGCUACUCGUUCCUCAUGCUCGCAUGCAUCGCCGGCAUCUCCUUUGAUCUCUGGUGGCUCCGUGUCUAUCUCAACGCGUGGAGGCUUGGCUCAGCGGAAGCCGACAUGCACGACAUAUCCAAGAUCUUUAGCAUCUUCCUCUGCGUUUGGAAGGCAAGAUUUUCGGCUCUGCUUUCUGCGCAUCUUCCCCUCCUUUCCUUCCUUUCUGUCUGCCUUCUCUUCGUUGCAUUUCCUGAGUCCAGCGCUAGCAGAGCAACGCGCAUCUUCUCACUCGCCUUCAGUGCUUCGCCCUCACGCCAACGCGUGAACGUGCUGCCUUCCCACCCCCUCUUGCCUUCGCACUUGUGUACAUUCAUGUUGCCAGUGGCAGAGAGGUGCCUCGCCCGCUUACAGUCAUGA